CCGGAGGCGGCAACACCUACUACUACCCGCCACCAAACACUGGCGGCGGCUCUGCAAAUUCGUAUCCGACUCCUCCACCGCCGAACCCCAUUCUGCCGUACUUCCCCUUCUACUAUCACGGCCCACCGCCUCCAGCGAACUCCCAUCCCUCCUGCAGCUACUGGAUCAAGGCUCUUCCCUCCAUUCACCUCUUCUUCCUGUUUUGGUUUGUCUUCUGAGGGAUUCAUAUGCGCAUAAUUAACCGAAUUCUUGGUGUAAAUCUCUGGCCCAUCGCCAUCUCCCUUUUCUUCAAUCUUCGCGUUUAUGUUUUCUUUUUCUUUUAUUUUUAUUGUAACGGACAAUAAGGGAAUGAUAAUAGUAAUGGAAAUUGACAGGAGAAAUUUUUGGGAAGGAGGUGAUUCGAAUUAAAUAUCCUGAAUCUUUUCAAAUGUAUUUUCUUCGUUGUGAUCUGUGAAGGCAUUAAUUGUGGAGCUUAACCGGUGAGCUUUUGGAAAGGGGAAACUGGCUUUCCGGCAGAGAAAGCGGCAUUAAUUGCGGGGUAUAACCGUUAAAAACG